CUACGGCUUCUUUGAUCUAUCUAGAGGAUUACUCAUGGGUUCGUGAGAGCAUCUUUGUCAAGGUAACGCAGACUCCACACCAACGGUCGUGCACCCCAGAAAGGCAACAAGUAUCUCAACUAAGAAAUCCCUCUGUUCGGAAGCGGCAUGCUUCCUCUUCGGACGCCGUCUCUGGUUGCCAAAGGCAACAUUCUCGUGUCCAUCCUCUUGUUCCUUUCGUUGUCGUACGGAGGACGUAAUCUGACUCAAGCUUUGAGUUGAAAAUCUGCUGCUCUUAUUGGAAAUAAUGUGUAAAUCGGGUGAGUUCAGGUGGAUAACUGAUAAACGGUUCUGUAGGAGAUGAGCCCUUUCCAAUCCAAUGUCGUCUACACGGUGUAUACAGCUCGGCAUGACGCUUAUAUUGCCCGCUAGUUUCAUGAUGGCAAUCCCUCUCUUCUGGCUUUCACCUCGUUGUCUGCGCAGUCGACUCCACUGGUACAAAUGGACUGCUAACCAUCCAUUCUCUCUCCCACCUGUUUGAAACUGGCAGCCCACCGAUGCACGCCCUAACGCACCGUUCUGCCCGUGCCCCCUCUCCCAACCCACGGCCGCUCUCACCACGGCCGUACCUCACCUCCCGCCCAAAGCCACCCAGCACCCUCGCCCGCCUACGAAAUGCAACUCUCCACAACCGGCUUCUUCGUCCGCUACUCUUCCUCCUAGUUCUUUUGCUCCUCCUGUUCUGGCCUCGCUGGGGCGACAGGGAUGAACUGGAUGAUGGGAUGAGCGUGGGCAAAUGGAUCCCUCUCCAUGUACCGGACGCCAUCGUCCACCCCCACUUUCCGGGCAUGGGCAUAGAGCGCAAGGCCUCUGUUGUCGAUCUCUCCGAUGACGAACUCGAUGGCUCAUUGGACGGCGAGGGUGAGGAUCCUACCUUCCCUGAAGACGAAGUUGACGACCCGAUCCCCGCGAACCCGCUUGCGCUGCUGGAAGAAGACAAGCAGGCAGCAUACGACCUCUACGGGGAGGACACGGUCAAUGAAGUUCUCGAAGAGCUGUACAAUCCCAAGCCUGUCGUCUCUUCCGGUAUGAAAGGUCUGUUCGGGUUUGGAGGACGCGUGAACACCCAUUUGGAAGAACAUAUAUAUCUCCAGAAUGGCCUGCUGCUCGUCAAUCCUAGGGGAAGACAUCCGAUAUAUGACUUGAUCGAGAAAGCGGAAGUGGCUUGGGAGGCCAAGGUUGAGAAGCAGAGUAAGACGCUGGGGCAGGCGGUGGCGGAGUACCGGGUGAGGUGGGGGAAGUACCCGCCAAAAGGGUUCGACAAGUGGUGGGCGUAUGUCCAAAAACAUAAAAUCCCCCUCCCCGACGAAUACGACCAGAUAAUGCGCGACCUUUCCCCGUACUUCGCCUACUCCGCCGCGGACCUACGUACGCUGCAGCAGGAGAUGAAGGAGAAGAAUGGGACGUACACUAUUGCUUCUAUACCUGCGAGGGAUGGGGAACCUGGAAGGCUGGAGCUGGUUGACCAAAAGAUUGGCGAAUCGGCGAUUGGGAGUAAGAGAACUCACCUGCAGCUGGAGCUUAUGCGAGGGUACGAGGAGCUGAUGCCUUCGACUGGGGAGAAGGAUACGGCUGCAGAGGAGGAGCAACGUGACCCGCAGCUGGAGAAGGUGAUGGAGCAAGCGAGAAGGGAAGUGGAGCAAGCACUGGUCGGCGCGUCUGGAGCGUGGGAGGCGACGUUCAGCGUAAACGAUGGGCCGCAGGAUCACUGGAACUGGGAGUUUGGCGAGCUGAUGCGGGUGACUAUUGAUGCAGGGAAAGUAUUGGAUUUGGAGACAAAACCGAAUAUGGAGCGCCUAGGCUGGGCUGCGGGAUGUCCGUAUAACGCUCCCCUGCGCAUCUCCCCCCUCACUUCUCCCCCGCCGGGACUACCAAAUGCCGUCUCCUCGCCCAAACAUUUCAUCCACAACCACAGGCUAUCGAUGUCCCCUUGUCUGCACCCCUCUCACACGCACCAUGUCGGGACGCUUUCCUCUCAUGCUAAUGGCAAGGGGCCUGGCGUGCAAGAAAGGCGGAUGUUCGGGUUCUCCCUAUGUAAGACGGAGCUGCACGGGGAUAUUGGUAUCGUCCCCGCUGAGCGGUGGGAGGAAGCACGGGACGACCCCACUCCGUGGGAAGAGAAAGACCCGCGCCUGGUCUGGCGAGGCAGCACCACGGGGAUCAGUAUGCGCCCCGGCAUGCCCUGGCGCGAAUCACAGCGUAUCCGUCUGCUCUCCCUCCUUUCGGGGAUGAACGGUUCGCACCCAGUCCUCCCGCCCUUCUCGCCUACCCACCCGGUGGGGGAGCCGAUGCUCCUGGACGCGGCGUGGCUGAACCCCGUCCUCGCGGAUGUGGGGUUCGUCAAGGCACCUAUACAGUGUGGAGACGGAGUGUGCGAGGAGCUGGGGAGGAUGUUUGAAUGGAGGAGUCGGAUGCAGCCUGAGGAGCUGUGGAGGUACAAGUUCUUGCUUGAUGUAGACGGUAACGGCUGGUCAGCGCGCUUCCAUCAUCUGCUCUUAGCUAACUCCGUCGUGCUCAAAUCUACUAUCUUCUCCGAAUGGUACACAGACCGCAUCCAGCCCUGGGUGCACUACGUUCCCCUCUCUGUCGAUCUCUCGGACUUGUACGACAUCCUCACUUUCUUCCGGGGGGACGUGAGCCGGGGUGGGAAGGGAGGCCAUGAUGAGCUUGCUCAGAAGAUUGCGAGGCAGGGAAGGGAGUGGAGCAGGGCGUUUUGGAGGAAGGAGGACAUGGUCGCUUAUACAUUUCGUUUGUUCUUGGAGUACGGAAGGCUGAUGAGCGACGAUAGGAAGAGUAUGGAGUUCAGGCCUUAGGCGCAACCAGCAGAGGGAGUGACUUAGAUCCCAGCUGGGAGAACAGCAUAGGUGGCCGAUAUAGAUGAG